AGUUUAGCCUUUCCCUUUGCUUGUUCCUUUGCUUUUCUUUGCUCUUCUGCUUCUUCUCUUCUACCCCUCAUUUCAUUCUGCAAAUGCCUUAAUUUUGUUCCUUCUUUCUGUAUAUUCUGAUCUUCAUCUAUUAGAUACAAUACUCUGGAUUUUACAAUACUCCAGAUUUUAUUAUUAACUAAUUAAUUUGUUUGUCUCUAUAAUUUUUAAUGAAUAAAUUUGUUAUUCCUUAUUCAAAUUUGAUCUUUGACAUAAUCAUUGCUGGACUGCCUGGAUCUCAUUUACUCAAGUUUUUGCAUCAGUUUUGGUGUUUCCGCCCGGUUCCUUAUGACCCGUCGCUUUAGAUGAUGCACGGCAAGGUUUAAAAUAGAGGUGAGUAAUAUCCUCUGUUUUUGGUCCACUGUUUUCGAAUUGUUUGAGCCUUGAAGCUAUCUGCCUGUGGAUGUGGUCUUUCAAUUUGGCUGCAGACAAAGAAAGAACCACGAGUCCAGGCCUCUGCCGAAUUUUUGAAUAUUGAAUAACGGGUGUGCAUAUUGAAUUUUAUUCUGAGUAUUCUGUGUCAGUCGGGCAGAGAGCAUAUAUGAGGGAGCGCUCUGUUGCGAGGGUGACUGCUGUUUGAUAUCAAUACCUACUGUUUGUUUCCCCGUGUAAUUUUCGGGUGGGACUGUGUUUGUAGGUUAUUGAAAGUCUGUUUAGUCAACUCGUGUUAAGGCGGAAGCUUCUGUUGGGGCUCAGCAAACAGGAGACUGGCCUUGCUUAAUUACUAAUUGAGAUCCAUUUAUUAAACUGAGAUCCAGAGGUCAAUAAUAUAUUAAUUUUUAAAAUUAAAACCAAGAGAAAUUUGAAGUUUGCCUAAAUCCAGAAAGCAGAAAUUUAAAUUGUACAAAUUUGUAGAAUUUAUUGUAUGAAAAAAAAAAAAAUAAUGAACAUUGUGUUUAGCCACAUAUUUUGAAUUUCUUUGAGUGUUUAUAUGGUCAUGACAUAUUCUAUUGUAUAGUGAAGUCCUUGCAAGGCACUAAAAUGCUAAAUAACUUUUUAAAUUAACUACAUAAAUCGAUCUUGUCAGAAUGGGUGUCAAAGCAGAGCAGUACGUCAGCAAUUAUUUUUGUACGUGGAUGUCCGUUUCAUAAAGGAGAUUGGAUUGGAUUGUAAAAAGGCUUACAAAUUCAACUAAUGGCUAUUUGCCACUAUUUCCUCCAAGUCACUUUGAUGAGGUGAAGUUAGUUUUGAACCAAAUUCCUGUUCUGCUCUGUUCUGGCCCAGCUGUGUUAGAUCAAGUGUGCUGCUAUCUUUAAAGUAUUGUGUUCCAAAUUUGUAGUGAUACAAUAUGUACAACUGUAUUUAGAUAAUUCUGCUGAAGACUUUUUUUUAUUAUUAUUUCAUUUAUGCAUUGUAUCAGAUAGGUCAAAAGUUAAAGAACAUACUAUAUACAUGAAAUGUGGAGCUAGUUAAAAAGAGAAAUUAAUAAAUAGUACAAUAGUAACUGAAUGAAGCAAAAAUAUAGUUUUAUUAUAUCCUGUUAUCUGUCAUCGGAAGACGUCUGAAAUAUGUAUUCAUAAUCCCUGGUGGACAGCUUGAAGUUUGAUCUAUUGUAGAGAUUUUAGUAUGUGUUAAUGGAAAUAAUUUCUGCAUUGUGUUAAAUAAGAACAAUAUUGAGUGACUAAGUUAAACAAAAUUAAACUGAUUUAAGUAAAGAAAGAAAAUUAUUUUAUUUAGAGUUUUUUUUUUGUGACAUUUUACCAUACGUUACACAGAUGUAUUUGUGAAGGUUAUUUCAGAUAAUUAAGAAUAGUUUAGUUUGCUUUCCUGCAUUUUGCAAAGAAGAAAUUGCUUGCUUUUUCUGCAAAGAAGAACUUGCUUUAUCAAAAUAAAAUUUAGAACUUCUGUUGUCAAUUGGAUGAGACUCCUAAAAUUAAGGAAAAGCAGAGCAGAUUGCUUAUAUUCGAUUGUGAUGACAAUUUAUGUGGGGUCAAUUUGAUUUAUGCCAUUCUCUGAGUGUUCAAUUUCCAGAAGAGGCUGUCCCAACACAAACAAGAGCAAAUGGACUGUUCAUGCCAGGGGAGGAAGAGACUCAAAGACCCAGGCUGCAGAGAAACACAGGCACUGGUUGAUGGGCCUUCAGCUCACCCCUGAAAGAAGAAGCUGACACUUCUGAGGGCUGCCAAUGAAAAAACUGAGUUAAUGCAGAAACAACAACGGAAACAACCUGCCAUGAGAUGCAGAGAGAGAAAGACAACUGCAUUCAGAGUUAACCUCAUGCUCCACCUGGUCCUCAUCACAGACUGAGAGACCCAACGCACUGGAUGAAGAGAGACACUGAAACAGCCAAACAGGCUCAACUGACUGAUGAUACGAGUGGGGGACUUCUAUCUCUUCCUUUGUGUGUGUGCAGGUACUGCAUAUACAGUGAUCACUACAGAGAAUGCCUCUAAAUUGGACUUGUCAUCACAAAUUACAAAAUUGGUAAUUCUCUAGUCUCAUAGCAGUUCUUUAUUUUGUUAACCUACUGCACUUUUCUUUCAAUAAGCUCCAGUCCAGCCAUUUAUGAAAUGGAAGUUAAGUGUUUGCUUGACUGACGUUCAGUUAAAACUGGGUCUGGACUUAGUUAGAGAGCAUUGAAUUCACAAACUAGGAGUAAUGCUGUGCAAUGAAGAGAGUUUAGACUCUGCUCUCAUGACAGACAUUUAUAUUACAGAGUUCACUUAAAUAGAAAAUGGAUGGUAAAGAUAUGAUAUAAGUCACUCCAUCUUGGUUAAUAGAUAUAUAUUUCUAAUAUAAGGAAAAAUUCCAAAAGUGCAAAAUCAUUAUAUCACAGAGAUUAUGAUUAUGGCUGGCCAAGGAUACAAAAUUAGGAUAUGUUUUUUAUUAUACAGAUGAAUGAUAAAAUAUAUUUAAGAAAUUGGUUCUCUUAACUGUGACAUGCCUAGGCUUAAAAUAAUGUUUCUUUAAAAUUGGUGUUCGUUAUCGCGGGUGUUAAAAUCAAUUCUAUUGCGACUUCCAAAAACUUAGACAGUGAUGCACGGGGAAUGCCACAGUGCCUAUGUUUCGUCGUUUCCAACAUCAUCGAAAGAGUUUUAUUCGAUUUGACUUGGUGGUAUUCCAUUCCACCCUUAACAAUAUACAUUCCCCAUUCAGUUCACUGUUUGCAGAGGCAGUGACAAAAAAAAAAAAAAUAUAUAUAUAUAUAUAUAUAUAUAUUAUACUCUGGCCAGAGACAGAAAGUGUGUGAAAGCGUGUGAGUGUGUGUGUGAGUGAUGGUGCACCAAGGCAAAGAAAAAUGCCAUAAACAGCUGUAUUCAGUUUUUCUAAAAUGGGCACAUUAUGUGGAUUAUGCCUAAUAAAAUAAUGGUCAUGGAUGAAUUUGGCUAACUAUCCUGACCUGGGUUAUUGUGGCAGAAAGAAACAAUGCCACACCUGCGCAGGGAAUUUCUUGGGAAGGACAAGCAAACUUGUCCUGUUUACCCCACACCUAACUUUUCUUUUCAGCAUGUCAUGAUGGAUUCCACUGAAUGAACUGAUUCUGUUCUAAAUGUAUAAAAUAUUGUCUUGUGAUUGUUAACAUGUUGAAGGUGGGAUGAGUGUUAUCCAGGUUGAAAAAUCGAUAUUACUGGGUAAAAGCAAGAAAUUAUUUAAUGAUAAUGGACUUAUUUAAACCAACAAAGAAAAUAAUAUAACAAUAAAAUUAAAUUAUGUAUGAGAGUGUCAGAUCAGGGAAUAUCAUGGGUUCAAGCCCUGAACAUCUGGAUAACCCUCACACCAAAUGAAUUUUCACAGGUUUUGUUACCCCAAGGUGGACUGGACGGGGUGAUGUGUAAAUAUAUGUUGUCUCUAACAAAAGCAUUUCAAGGUUUUCAUUCACAGGUCAAAGCCGUGCUGUUAAUAUUGAGGAAAUUCAUCCUACUAAUCCGAGUGCUAAUGUAUUGUUAACUGUAUGAAAAACGACAAUGUUGUUGUCUUGUUUUGUUCUUGUUUUUUUUCCCUGUGUCCACUCCAUCUUCUCAGUGUCUAGGUACGGUACGAGUACAUGAAAUCAGAAGAUUAUGUGUGGUAUAUUCUUCGAACCAGUUUGCUUUUCUGUGUGACGCCCUGAUUGUGACCGCUUGAAAGGAAGAGGCCCUUUAGGGGAACCAACAAGGAGAACCAGCAGACUCAACUGGUGGCUUAAAAGCCCAAUGUUUGCUCCAACUGAUCAAGAGCAUCACAGAACCAAGGAAGGAUCGACGAGCACCUCAGUGCUUAGCAGCACAAGGGGAAUGCGACAGAGAGACUGUUUGAAUCAUCCUGAUGCUGAAGCACAGAAUGAAGGGAUUGAGACUUUGAAGAAUUGAGUUGUUUAGAUUUAUCAAAGGAUUUAUUUUGUCUAUUUGUGUGAUACAUCUGAUAGUUAUGUUAUUUUACUUAGUUCAAGUAAUGGGGUCUAGUGUUGAUAUCGAUUUCACAAUUCAUUUUGGCAGAUUAAUUUGACUAUUAAGGUACAUUACUAAAACUGGCUAAAAUUAAAGAUUAGUGGAGGAAAUCUGACCACACCGUUAUCCACCUGACAGUUGCGUUAAUUCCUCAACCCAGCAAAAGUCCAGGGGACGUUCGGGGUCGGGUUCUUUUAGUGGCCCUCGUCGGACCAGCCUGGUGAAGGCUUCCAGUCAAUAUUCGAUGCAGUUAGCUGGGGUUAGAGAGGUACCCGUAUCUUCAUUUAUAUUUGAUGCUUUUUAUAUCUCAUUUGUUCUGUAUCCAUUUUGUAUCUUUUAAAUUUUGUAAUGAGUCUAUCAAGACUCAAGUGGGGGAUUGGUGGAUCCAAAAUGGUCAAUAUUCAUAUUCAUGCAUUUUAUUCAUAUUUUAUGUUAAUCAUUUAAGGCUUAUGAUUUAUCAAUAUUACUUUUGAUUUCAUAUAUUCCUGUACUCCUACUCCAUAUAUUAAUCCUCAUCAUAUUUUCAAGUAUUUACACUUUAUUGUACCCUUUAUGGUUAUUAUUCUUUUAUAUUUAAGAGUAUGUAUGCUUGCUAUAUUCAAUUAGAUAUAUGGUUAGAUAGAUGGUUAGAUAUUGCACACCUGCCAAGUACUGCAGAAGCGAUGUUUUCAGAAUUAGUUGCUCAUUUGAACUCGAUGUACCUUUUGUAUCAAAAUAUGUCCAUUUCUAUUUCUGCUGACAUGUGAUAAUGUAAGAUCUGCAAAAUUCCCUUAAGGGGGUCAAAACAUCCCCUAUAUCUAUUUUCAUCUAUUUUUUUGACAUCGGACCAGUCUAUGACAUAAUGGAUAAAUUCAUUAGAACAAAACAUAAGUUUGAGUGGGAUGGAAAUUUCCCUAUGCUUAUGGUAUAAAAUGGACUGAGUCGUUGAUAGUUUAGCCUUUCCCUUUGCUUGUUCCUUUGCUUUUCUUUACUCUUCUGCUUCUUCUCCCUCAUUUCAUUCUGCAAAUGCCUUAAUUUUGUUCCUUCUUUCUGUAUAUUCUGAUCUUCAUCUAUUAGAUAUAAUACUCUGGAUUUUACAAUACUCUAGAUUUUAUUAUUAACUAAUUAAUUUGUUUGUCUCUAUAAUUUUUAAUGAAUAAAUUUGUUAUUCCUUAUUCAAAUUUGAUCUUUGACAUAAUUAUUGCUGGACUGCCUGGAUCUCAUUUACUCAAGUUUUUGCAUCAAGAUGUCAAGUUAAUACCAGACACAUCCCUCAAAGCACCUGAAAUAAGUGAAUCCCUGUGCUUACAAGCUUCUUGACACAGUUUAUAAUAUUAUUAAGUGUUUUGGACAGCUCGUGUUAUCUCUGCAGCUGCACUGUUAUUUUUCCAGACACGUGACAUCGCUAACGUAUUUUCACUUUGCACAGAUUCCGAUUGACCAACACAGUUGCCAACAAGAAGCUCCUUUCACCAAUGAGAAACCUAAAACAAAACUUGGACACGCCCAUUACUCCGAGCUGCAGCGACCCGUUUGCGGUUAGUUUCAGUCAGCGUCGAGUCUUCUGAGAUCAGCUUCUCCCACUGCAUUUCAUCUUUAGUGAAGCUCCUCCCACAACAAUCACAUCAUCAUAUCAGCUCUUCCCACAGUAUGCACGUCACCAGUAAUGUUCCUGACACAUCAAUCACAUCGUCAGUGAAGCUCCUCCCACUGUAAUUUACCAAUAAAUGCUGGAAUAUUCCCAUUAGACGAGCAUCAGAGCAUCUUGAAGAGCUGAAAUCUGCAAAGACUAAGUUUAUUAAAGAGGACAGUGAGAACAUGAGUGAUCCAGAACCCUGCAGAAUGAAACACAUUGAAGAUACUGAAGAACAAAGAGUGGAGAAAAUUGUGAAAAUCAAUGACACGUGUGUGUGCAUGAAAACGUUAAGAGGCGCAUGGAUUUACACCUGUAUUUCAGUUCUACUAAGCCAAAAAAGACAGACCUGAUGGAAGAGAAUGAGGAGAGUGAAGAACUGAGUGAAGUGGAGGAUGAACAUCAUGUCAAACCUGGAGAAAAACCUUCGAGUCGCUCAAAGACUAAAAAGACAUUUUUAAAGAAAAGAAGAGCCAAGAAAUCUACAACCUGCACUCAGUGUGGAAAGAGUAUAUCAUCCAAACAUCUUGAUGUGCACAUGAGAAUCCACACCGGAGAAAAGCCAUUCACAUGUGAUCAAUGUGGGAAGAGCUUUACACAAAAAUCAAAUCUUAAUCAACACAUGAGGUUCCACACAGGAGAGAAACCGUUCACAUGUGAUCAAUGUGGGACAAGCUUUGCACUAAAAAUACAUCUUAAGAAGCACAUGAGGAUCCACACUGGAGAGAAGCCGUUCACAUGUGAUCAGUGUGGGAAGAGUUUCCCAUACAAACAAAGUCUUAAGACUCACUUGACAGUUCAUACUGGAGAGAAGCUGUUCCCAUGUGAUCAGUGUGGGAAGAGUUUCACACAAAAAAUACACCUUAAGAUUCACUGGAGGAUCCACACUGGAGAGAAGCCGCAUACAUGUGAUAAAUGUGGGAAGAGUUUCACGAAUUCGGUACACCUUAAAAAUCACAUGAGAAUCCACACCGGAGAAAAGCCGUUCAUGUGUGACCAGUGUGAACAAAGAUUCACAUACAAAGAAAGUCUUGAUCGUCACCUGAGAGUUCAUACUGGAGAGAGACCAUUUACAUGUGAUCAGUGUGGGAAGAGUUUCAUGGAUUCGUCAAAACAUAAAAGACACAUGAAAAUCCACACUGGAGAGAAGCCGUACGCAUGUGAUAAAUGUGGGAUGAGUUUCACAGAAUCAGAUCAACUUAAGAGACACAUGAGGAUCCACACAGGAGAGAAGCCGUUCACAUGCGGUAUAUGUGGAAAAAGUUUCAAGGAUUCAGGAUACCUUAAGAGUCACAUGAGACUCCACACUGGAGAAAAGCCUUUCAUGUGUGAACAGUGUGAAAAGAGAUUCUCAAAGAAACAAAAUCUUGAGCUUCACAUGAGGAUCCACACUGGAGAGAGACCAUUCACAUGUGAUCAGUGCGGGAAGAGCUUCAAAAAUAAACCAAGUCUUGAGCUUCACAAGAGAGUUCACACCGGAGAGAAGCCUUUCAUGUGUGUUCAGUGUGAAAAGAGAUUCACUCACAGACAAAAUCUUAAUGCUCACAUGAGGAUCCACACUGGAGAGAAGCCGCACACAUGUGAUCAAUGCGGCAAAACAUUUAUUGGGUCAUCAAACCUGAAGAAACACCUGACAGUUCAUACGAAGGAGAAGCCACAUUCAUGUUCUGUGUGUGGAAAGAGUUUUUCACUGCUGCAAAGUUUACAGAGACAUCAGAAAAUACAUACUGGUGUGAGAGAGUUCAUGUGCUUUGAGUGUGAGAAGACUUUUAUUUCAGCGAAACAUUUAAAACUGCACCAGAGAAUUCACACUGGAGAAAAACCUUACAAGUGUUCACACUGUGACAAGAAAUUCAGUGUGUCAACACAUCUGAAAAGACAUGAGAGGAUCCACAGCGGAGAGAAGCCGCACACGUGUGAUCAGUGCGGAAAGAGUUUCUCUUGUAAAAGUCACCUAAAGCUUCACAUGAAGAUACAUACAGUGGAGAAACCACUCAGUGGAGAAACCAAUUAGUUUCCUAGCAGCCAUGAUGAGUGACGGGACAUUUUGUUGGUUGAUUGUAGGGGUGGCAAUCUGACGAGUUUAUAUCGUGAUCAAUCUUGAAGACGUCCAUGAACCACUUUUCAAGAGAAUCAUAGAAAUUGUGAUCAUGUAGUUACAGUAAUUAUGAUAUGCCGUGAAUGCACCUUUACAUAGUGCCGAAAAUGUGUAUAUAUACCUCAGGUAAUAAUGUGAACGCUAGGCUCAGUAUGUUUUGUGUUUGUUAGAGUAAGUAAGUUAACGCGUUUGAUUCUGAUGAUCUGUUUCAUUUUCUUUUAUUUCUUAUUUGUUAGGUUAAAGGUUUAAUUACAAGUUAAUUGUAAUUAGUUUUUUUGUUCUUUUCUUUGCCGUCACUAAUUGUGUCCCUUUUCUCUUGGGUUUAUUUGUCUGAUUUUGUUUUGAAUUGUAAAUAUUUGCUUAUUUUCAUCAUCAUUAUUAUUAUUAGUAGUAUUAUUAUCCACACUUCAUUGUACAUUUAUUUUCACUUGUGUAUAAUAACUUUUCCUUCACAAUACGUUGAUUCGCGUUGUCUCUUGCCACCACCAUCGCUAGGGCUGGGCGAUAUGGCUGAAAACUGUAUCACGAUAUCAGUGUUUCAUAUCGGUCGAUAUCGAUAAUUAUUGAUAUUUUUUAUGACCCAUUUAAAAUAAGGACCAGGAGAAAAAUAUAUUACACUUAAACAUUUUUAUUUUAAACUUAACCUUCCUCUGAUCAUAAUCCCCUCAGUUAUUAAGACAGAAAUGUCAACAACCAUGGAAAACUCAAAUAAUUAAAAUGUUGCGCGGUGUUGCAGCUACAGAUGUUGCUGGUUGAAUACGGCUGUGCUCCAAAGGGUGAGCGCGGCUAAGGUGGUACAUCAAGUUCGUGGUAUUACCAGUCUUGGCGGGGACGACGGUCUUGCAUAAUUUGCAGACGACAUUGGUCUGACUACGGUCAGACUUAUAAUAUCCAAAAAACUGCCAUACUGGCGAGCUGACUUUUCCUCUUUUAUUUACAAUUUCCUCGCUCGCUGCGGCACUCAUUUUCUGCUUAUCAGUCGCCGGUUACUGAAGAGGAAUCCAGCAGACCAGCACGAGACAACGAUAUGGCGCAACCAAACAUGAUACUGUUACAUGAUUGGCUGUUAGCAUAUCACUCCCUACGUUGCUAGGUUACCAGAGAGCGAGUGCCUUUGUUAAUGCAACCAAACUUGCUUCGCAACCUCUGUUUUCUUCCGACGAAGAAUAAAAAAAUAUUGAACGUUUUAUCGAACACAUUUUUUAUUGAUAUCGAUCACGUGUCUAUUGCGAUACAUAUCGUUAUCGUUUUAUCGCCCAGCCCUAACCAUCGCUCCAAAUUUUAUCACAACCUCAAUGUUACUACAUUUGACCCUAGACCAAACUAAGAGGUCGUAACAGUAAUAAUGUUAAAACUACAGCAAAGAAUGCCUACUAGGUGUUUGUGCUGACUGGCCAAAUUAUAUCAUGCGUCUCUAUCAAGUGACUUUCAUGCAUGGUGACGUUAGGGUUGUGACGGUGAGGAAAUUUUCCCACCGGUUAAUCGAAGUGUAGUCUCAGCCUCAGACGUCACGCCCCAUGGACCGUUGGCUGAACGUCUGAUGCAUAUGGCAUACUUAUCUGGAAACACUUCAGGAGUUUCAAAGUCAUCAUCUGAUUGGCCGUGACGUCAAACCCUCUUGUGGAAGAACUGUGAUUGUGAAUCUUCUGCAAUCAUCUUGUCAGUCAGCUCCUCACUCGUGAUAUGAAAUCUCACUCCUGUUGCUGGUCUGUGCUGUGAUUCUCGUUCGGCCCAUGAUUUAUUGAGCAGAGCAGACUUCAGUUUUUAAUUGUAGUGUCUGUUUUCUAAAUGUACUAAAUGUUUUUAUUACUAUAAAAAAAUAAAUACAA